AUGGAAGUCGACUCAGGCGCAUGUGCAUCAUUACUAAGUGAAGAUAUGUAUUUAAAAAUGUUUUCUUUUGUACCAUUAAUUGAUGUUGUAGUUAAAUUUGUAUCAGUUACAGGAGAAAAUGUUAAGUUAUUGGGAAAACUGUUGGUUAACGUGAGGCUGCGCGGUGACAUUGAAAGCAAAACUGUUUGUUUAGAAUUAUUUGUCAUAAAAAGUAAAAAACCGUGUGUACCACUCUUGGGUCGAGCUUGGUUGGAUAGACUAUAUCCAAGUUGGAGAAAUGUUCUUCAGUUCAAUCAAGUUUCAAAAAGUAGUAGUAAUUUGGAUACAUUAGCUGUUAAAUACCCAAAUAUCAUUCCUAAGUCGUCAAAUCAGGUAAUAAAAAAUUAUAAAGCUGAAAUAGUGUUAAAGGAUAAUGUUAAACCAAUUUUUCAUAAAGCUUAUACAGUACCAUUUAAAUUGAGAGAAAAGGUAAACAUAGAAAUUGAUAGAUUAGUGAAUGAAGGUAUUUUAGAACCAGUUAAAUUCAGUGAAUGGGCUAGUCCUAUAGUAAUCGUACCUAAAAAGAAUGGAAGUAUAAGAAUAUGUGUGGAUUAUUUGUCUGGAGCUUAUCAACAAUUAGAGUUAUCAUCAAGUUCUAAAGAAUAUUUGACAAUAAAUACUUUAAAAGGUUUAUUUAGAUUUACAAGAUUAACAUUCGGUGUAGCUAGUGCACCAGCUAUUUUUCAGUCUACCAUGGAUCAGAUAUUGUUAGGGUUGGAAAAUGUGUUUUGUUAUUUAGAUGAUAUAUUAAUAGGUGAAAACACUGUUGAGAAAUGUAAACAAAAGUUAGAUUUGGAAGUUGAUUAUUUAGGACAUACGUUGUCGAAUAAAGGUAUUCGUCCACAAAUAAAGAAAUUAGAAGCUAUUAAAGAGGCUAGGGCACCUAAUAAUGUGACUGAAUUGCAAGCUUAUUUAGGAUUAUUAAAUUAUUAUGGAAAAUUUAUUCCUAAUCUGAGUAGUGAAUUACAUGACUUAUAUAAAUUACUAAGGAAAGAUGUUAAAUUUGUGUGGAGCGAUAAGUGUCAAGAAGUUUUUGAAAAAAGUAAAACAUUGUUGUUACAAAAUCAAGUAUUAGAAAUUUAUGACCAAAAAAAGCCUAUCGUAGUAUGUGCAGAUGGUUCACCAUAUGGUGUUGGGGCAAUUUUGUCUCAAGUAGUUGAUGGGGUAGAAAAACCAGUGUUAUUUGCAUCAAGUUCAUUAUCUCCUGCAGAACAAAAAUAUUCUCAGUUACACAGAGAAGCGUUGGCAAUAGUGUUUGCAUUGAAAAAAUUUCAUAAAUAUAUAUAUGGUAACAAAUUCACAUUAUGUUCAGAUGCUCAAGCGUUAAGAGAAAUAUUUAGUCCACAGAAAGGUACAGCAGUGGUUGCAGCAUCAAGAUUACAGAGACGGGCAGUAUUGUUAUCUAUGUAUGAGUAUGAAUUUCAGUAUAGAUCAAGUAAACAAAUGGUCCAUGUCGAUGCGUUAAGUAGAUUACCAUUAAGUACAGGUACUGAUAUAGAAGAUGAUGUUAUUAAUGUAGUAGAAGCGUUAAAAAAAGAUAAAAUAUUAUUCAAAGUUUAUAACUAUGUAUUACAAGGAUGGCCUAGAAAAGUAGAAAGUGAGAUUAAGUAUUAUUUAAAGUUAAAAGAUAGUUUAAGUACACAGGAUGAUUGCUUAUUUUUUGGUGACAGGAUUGUAGUGCCAGAGGUAUUAAAAAAGAACAUUUUAAAGAUACUACAUAAAGAUCAUGAAGGUAUAGUAAGAAUGAAAAUGGCAGCAAGAAGUGUAUUAUGGUGGAAAAAUAUGAAUACAGAUAUAGAAGAAUUUAGUAAAGGAUGUGAAAUAUGUGAUCAGACUUCUAAUGUAAGUAAAGAAAAAGUUAUAUCAAAAUGGCCUAUGGUAGUUAAGCCAUGGCAAAGAGUGCAUGUAGAUUUCUUUCAUUUGGAAGGCAAUACGUUUUUGGUUGUGAUUGAUGCAUAUAGCAAAUAUAUAGUAGUGAAACUGUUAAGAAAAACAAAUUGUGAAUCGUUAAUUAGGGAGUUGCAGGAAGUGUUUGCAUUUUUUGGGUUACCUGAAGAGAUAGUAUCAGACAAUGGUCCUCCUUUUGGUUCAUGGUUAUUUAACAGCUAUGGUAAUCAAAGUAAUAUUAAAAUAACAAAAACACCUCCAUUUCAUAGUCAGUCCAACGGCUUGGCUGAAAGAGCGGUUCAAACUGUUAAAAAGUAUUUUAAAAAGUAUAUCUUAGAUAGAGAAUUAAGUAAAUUGACUGUUAAAGAAAAAGUAGUAAGGUUCAUUACAGUAUAUAACACUACGCCUUCAACAGUUACAGCACAGUCUCCAGCUGAUCGUAUGUUUUCGAUAGUUCAUAAGAAUCAGUUGAGGUAUCCUAGAAGUAUCGAUAAAGAUCAGGGUUAUUACACAUUACCAAACAGUAAUGCGUUACAUAGUAAAACAAAAAGUAAAGAGAGUGUAGUUGUGCGUCGUUCGGAGAGAGAUAGGAAGGUUACAAAAAGAUAUGGUUAUGAUAAUUAA